AAACGGGCUGUAAGUUGGGUAUCUUUUUAGGAUGGGCAAAGCAAAUUGGAUUGUUUUUGGAAUUGGACUCCAACUACAAAGGCAAAUCGCUUGCCAAAGUCUCAGCUCCAAACGUGAGAUUUGGGAUUCUACGAGAAAACAGAACUUCUGGAACGCCAAGAACUGCCGCUCCAUCUCUCUAGGGUUCAGUAAUUGCUGCUGGUUGCAGCAUUGGAAAUAGCGCAAGCCUGAAUGGGGAGCAAAAACAAUAAACCCCCACCUCCCUUCAUGCGACGCCCUCCUCUAGGGCCAAACACUCUCCAUCCUGAUCCAUAUGGCCCUUCGUUACGACCUCCACUUGGUGGCUUCCCUCCAUUUGAGAUGCUUCAUCCUCAUCCAGAAGUCUUGGAGCAAAAGCUUGCCACACAACAUGCCGAGAUGCAAAAACUUGUUACAGAAAACCUCAGACUUGCUUCUACACAUGAAACCUUGCGGCAAGAGCUUGCCGCUGCGAAGCAGGAUCUGCAACAAUUGCACACUCAAAUAGGGGCUAUGAAAGCCGACAAGGAAAACCAGAUGAUGGGGCUUAAGGAUAAAAUUGCUAGGAUAGAGGCUGAACUAAAAUCUGCAGAUCCUCUUAAAGUGGAACUGCAGAAGGCACGAGCUGAGGCUCAAAGUCUUCUUGCUGAAAGGCAGGAGCUUAUUUUGAAAGCACAGAAGAUGAGUCAAGAUAUUCAGAGGACUCACGCUAACACACAACAGAUUCCUCUUCUUCUAUCUGAGCUUGACGCACUAAGACAGGAGUACCAGCAUUGCAGGGCAACUUAUGAGCAUGACAGGAAAUAUUACCACGAUCACCUUGAAUCCCUUAAGGCGAUGGAAAAGGAUUACAUGACCAUGGCAAAUGAAGUUGAAAAGCUUCGGGCAGAGUUAAAUAAUACUACUAAUUUAGACAGAACUGGUGCAACUUAUGGUAACUCUUUGGCUCAUAAUGAAAGUGAUGCUACAAAUACUUACCCAGUUGCUACACAAAAUGUUUAUGGGGAUGCCUAUGGGGCAGCUCAGGGACGGGCCCAUCUUGCAACUAUGCCAAAUGUUAGCGGAGUUGCGGGUCCUGUCAGCAAUUCUCCAAAUUUUGCGCCACCUGCUUCUGGAAAACUGGCUCAGGACGCCUCAAAAAUGCCCAAUUACGACCCACAAAGAGGACGUGCUGGUCCUGGGUAUGAUCCACAAAGGGUGACCAGUGGACCAACAGGAGCUAAUUAUGAUGUACAGCGAGGUGGGCCGGGGUAUCCUGGAUAUGAUGGAUACAGGCCACAUGGAUAUGAUGCAAGUCGGAGUUCUGGCUAUGAUUAUUCAAACGCGACCAAUUAUGAGGCGGGCCAUGACACGACUGGUGUGGGGAUGGGUGCGGUUGGAGGUCAAGGGCAAAUUGGACUUCCAAGAAAUCCGGUAUAUGGGUCAUCAGUGCCGUCCGUGAAUACUGCAACAGGUUACGAUGGAGCACAGCGAGGUGCGCAUAGAUAAUUUGGCCAGAAACAUCUGAAGUUCUAUCCUCCGAAUAGCUUCUUGAUUUAUUUCUCAAGUUUCGGAUAAUUUGUACUCCCAAUGUUCAUUUCAGUUAAGAUUAACCCGCGGCUGGAGAUUUUAUGAAGACUGAAACUUUUUGGAGCCACUGUUUUUAUUAUUAUCUCAUAAGCGAGUCGCACAACACAUGCAUGUUGUUGCUAGAAACAUUGUUGUAAACAGUGAUUCCAUGUUUAUUACUGGGUAGUAUAGUUUUUUUUAAAAAAUCACUUGAUGAAUGCAUUUAGUCAAAGAUUGAAACCUUGAUAUCUGGUUUUGUGAUUACAUUUUUUAGUCCAAGAUACCAAGGCAUAAUGUUUAUGCCUUGUCGUUUUGCCAACAGUGAAUUAUUGUAAACCAUUGAUUUGUCGCAUAUAAGUGAGAGAAUCAACGGUCUAAAUCUAGAAAAAUGCUACUUGUACAUGUUGUUUUACACGUCGGUUAAUCGGUUUACAUGCUCAAGUGUAAUUGUUUGUUAUGUCGGUUUACACUUUAC